AAUGUGUCAAUCAGUCUGCCUUACCAAGAUCUAAAAAACUGUCAUCAUCAUGUUACUGUGGUUCAUUUAACCUCAGGGUACCUGACUUAUAUCGUGCCACCAAUCAGACAGAAUUAUCUGACUUUCUGCCAUCGUAAUGCUCUGAAAAAUACGACAGAGCAGAUCAUCAGCUGAAGAUGUGUUGCAGUUGCAGUGUGUUUGUUCAAGUUCUAGGAGUGUUGCUGCUGUUCGUAUGCUAUAGUGUAUGUCUGGUGUUGUACUCGAAACAUCUGGUAGUGACCUACUCCGACCCGGACUCCCAAGUCCACCUAACAUUCCCAAGCUCGUUAGAAUCUCUCAGACAUUGUCUGCACGUGUUGUUAGGCAUACAAGCAGUGGCACCAGUGCAAGUGCUGUGUCUGUUCUCAGCGGCAUACAUUUUCAAACAGAGCUUCUCAAUCCCAGGAAGUAUGUUCCUCAAUCUGCUGGCAGGUGCUCUAUUCCCAAUAUCAAUUGCAUUCCCCUUAGUGUGCUGCCUCUCAGCUGCAGGGGCGUCUCUGUGCUUCGUCUUCUCAAAACACGUGUUCAGUCGUCUGUUCACGCAUUUCUUAGCCAAACGAAUUGAGUUCUUCCGCGCACAAGUGGAAGCCAACACAGACAGUCUCAUAUACUUCCUGCUGUUUGUCAGGAUAUUUCCUUUCACCCCAAACUGGUUUGUCAAUAUUGCCUGUCCAGUUAUUGGAGUGCCUUUGGGCAAAUUUUUCCUGUCGGUAUUCCUUGGUCUGAUGCCGUACAAUUACACUUGUGUGCAAUCUGGUGCUAUUUUGGCUACUAUGCAAUCGGUCAACGAUAUCUGGAAUCAGAAGACGCUUAUCAAGCUCUGUAGCAUAGCUCUCAUCAUGUUGAUACCUAUAGCUGCUAAAAGGAUUCUGUCCGCCAGGUUGAAUGUUUCACCUCAGGGAAGAACACGACAAGCUAGCAUUACUGAUUCGGCUACACCGGUGGAGAAGCUGGAUUAGUUGUGCUGAAUAAAUUUUGUCAAUCAUUUUGUAAUUACAUAGUCAAAUUAUGUACAUAAAGCUCCAUAUUUCAUCAAAAUACAUCACCAUUUUUAGCAAAAACUAAAUGA